AUGGACACUAUUGCCGUAGAUCCAGUUUUGUACAGCGCGGUCGAAGGCCCUUAUAGCCCCGAUGACUGGCAGUCCGAAACCACGUCGAUCGGGUCGUCGAUUUAUCGUGGUCUGAUGGAUAAUGGGAGGCGAUAUCAAACUCUCUCAAGAAAGGAAUAUUGUGUUCCGUCCGAUGAACAACAAUUCGAGACCUAUGAAGCAGGCCACCUGGUGGAUCUCAUCUUAGAUUCAGAUCGAGAUAAUCCUCUGUUUCGGUCGCCCGUCGGAGCAGACCGAGAACGCCCAUUGCAGAUCCUUGAUAUUGGCACAGGAAAGGGGACUUGGGCUAUCGAUGUUGCGGAUAUGUUCCCUAAUGCGACUGUUCGAGGUGUUGAUCUCUUUCCUCCCCCGGUUACUUGGAUGCCACCCAAUUGCGUUAUUGAGGUUGACGAUGUGCUUCAAGAGUGGACAUGGCGCGAGCAAUUCGAUCUCAUCCACAUGCGCAAUAUGAUCGGAUCGUUUGACUCCUUUGAGUGGGACCGUGUGUACCAACAAUGCUUUGACAAAAUGGCACCCGGUGGAUGGAUUGAGCAGCUCGAGGUCGGUCCAUUCAUCACCAGUGAUGAUAACAGUCUCCCGGGAGAUAGUGCCUUGGCCUCUUGGGGUCCCUAUAUGAAAAAGUGUGGUGAUCUCGCCGGUCGCCCUUGCGAUAUCCUCCUCACUAUGUCGGAGAGCAUCAGGAAUGCAGGAUUCGUCGACGUACACGAAAAGGUCUACAAAUGGCCCAUUGGGCCCUGGCCCAGAGACCAGAAAUUCAAAGAGGCGGGUGUGGUUAAUUGCCAACACUGGAUGUCGGGUAUGGAAGGAUGGUGCAUGUGGCUGCUAACCAAGUUUGGUCACCCCGAGCCCUGGACUAAGGAUCAAGUGUAUGUAUACUGUGCGAAACUUCGCACUGAACUAAAAAAUCCUUAUUACCAUGCCUAUCACAAAGCGAGAAAGGUAUGGGCUCGCAAGCCGAUGCCUGGUGAAAUCCAGACUCGGUCAUCCAAAUCCAGCUCCAGCUCUGCGACGGCCAGAUCUUGA